GUCCAGUUCGCUGUAGACGCAUCUGAUACAGUAGAGGGAUAUAGGUAAAAUGAAGGCCACGCUGGUAACCGUCCUGUUGAUAUUUGGUGCUGUUACAGCGACCAAAGAUAUACACAAACGAGAAAAGAGACAGGCAGGAUGGGGAUCACAAAAUCGAGGUAGCGUGCCCACGCCAACAUGGGUGCCGACUACCAUAGGAACACAGGCUAACUUCGGUGGUGGUCAAAACUGGGGUAAUACCCAACCCACACCGGUAAGAUUCCCUUCAAGGUUCAACAAUAUGGCGCGGUCUAGAAAUAGUCUUCAGGCUCCUCCGACGUCCGCAAAUCCAACAUCUUCUUCUCGAAAUCGUGAUACAGGACUCUCAAAUCGUUCAAAAUCUGUAGGAAGCUCUCGGUCACCUCCUAUCGCUGGACGUGGGAAUUCCGGAGGAGGUCGGGGAUCGCCAACAAGACCUGCUCCAACUCAACCUGUACCAACCUACCCGCCCACUAUGCCUCCACGGCCCGUACGGAAAUCAAGACGAAAUAGACACAGGUCGCAAAACAAAUCACGCGCACCGCAAUCAAAUUUCGGAAUGGCAAACAUAGUUCCACCAUCGUUUUUACAAGGAUUAGGACGUGCUAUGGCUGAUAAACUGAGAACCAUGUGGAUAAAUCCCCUUUACCAACAACAAGCAAAGGCUGCCGGAGAUAACUUCGUUGUCAACCCAAGUCCGGUAAAUCUGGGUUAUCACGUAUGUCCCCCUGGUAUCAAAAAAGAAACAUGUGUCUACAACCCGUGUCCACGAUGUCUUAAUCAACUUAUCAGAUGUUGGACAAACCCAUGCGGCGGAUGCACAGGAGAAAUGUACUUACGUAAACAGAGGAUCCACGACUGUGAGACAAUUUAAAGGCUACAAAUCAAACUAUGUGUGAUCAAACGGUAUGUCGGAGCAUAUGAGAGGAGGCAAGCACUACAAAUUAUCUGUUUUAUCAAAUUAAUGUUAUCUAUAGUCUCGUUAAGAUGUGGCCAGAGUUGUACAUGGACUCACGUUAUAAGGUAUAGGUAAUACGAAUUUAUCUUUGCGAUUUGAUAAUUUUGUUAAUUAUUUCAUUUGAUAAACUGUAUAUCAAAUAAGUUUCGCGAGCUUAAAAUUUCGCGAAACUUGGUGAAUAGAUUUUGUUUUUUUAAUGGAAUUCUUUGAUACAAUUCAUUUGUUUUUAGCUGACAAUGCAUUAUAUAAUAUCAUGUAUAUCUGAUAAUUUUCGCGAGCUUAACAUUUCGCAAACUUAUGUAAAAAAUAUAGUAAACAAUUAUCAUUAAACACAUUUAACUGUUUUUGU